AGAAAAGGAAGGAUCUAGUGAGCGGGAGGAAGAGUUGAGGAAACAAGUUCGAGAAAUGGAGGUCGAGCUGGAGGCCAUCAAGGGACAGGCCAAGGACAUGCAUGAAGAAACAGAGGAGCUGAGGGGCAAAAUACAAUUGCUGAACAAGGAGAAAGAGGAGGCAACCAAGAAAUUUGAAGAUGCGGAGCGACGCGUUGAAGAGCAUCAGAAACUCCAUCAAGACUCUGAGCACCGUGCUGAACGAGCCGAGAACGAUCUUGAAACCCUGAGUGCUGAGCUCAAAGAAGCGAGCAACGCACAAUUAGCUGCUGAUGAAAAGCUCGCUCAGUAUGAAAAAGAACUUGAACAGCUUGACCAACUUCACGAAGAGAAGGAAAAGCAGCUUGACCAGCAACAAAACGAGAUUCAGGAACUCAACCGCCUUGUCCAACAAUUGGAGGCGGCACAAGAAAAGGCCGCCGAAAAUGAAUGGGUCAAAGAAGAGCUCGAAAGGGUACAGAAAGAGUUGGAGGAUGUGCACAAGUUGCUGGAAGACAAGGAAAUACAGCUUGGCGAUCUCCGAGGAAAGUUGGAGGUGGCAGAGGCAAGCAAGGACCUGACAUCUUCUCAACGACGUUCGCCUUCUGGAACUUCCUCGACAUCUGAUCGAGGAGAAGAUGGUCAUGUUGCUCAAAACUCCUUCGUCAUCGCCCUCGAAGACCGGCUGGAUGAAGCCUACCGAGAAAUUGGUCGCCUGAAGCGAGAGAUUAACACCACUCCUCACCGCAAGUCUGCCAUCGAAGUCCGGGAUGCAAGGAUCCAGGCAUUGGAGAGAGAAAAAGCUGCAUUGAGUGACAGACUGACACAACAGAGAAGCCCCAGCGGUACACCAAUGUCAGGUUCAGGAAGGAGCGCCAUGAUUGAUGCAGGAUCUCCCUUCAAAAGGCCAACUCCAUUUGUGCACAAGACCAUUGCGUCUUUAAGAGCUCCGAAGACCCCCGGUUCCUUACAAGAGCCGUCAUGGCUUCAAACGACCAUCCAGUCAGCUAAUGAACCCCUCUUACAGGCCCAAAUGGAAUAUCUUCAGCAAGAGCUGAAAGAGGCAAAUGAGCAGUUGGACCAAAACUUUAACAGGCUUGAAGCCGCUGGCCUUGGAGCUGUACAGUUAGCAGAGAAAUUGGCCGCGGCAGAAGAGAGAAUCAGCGAGUUGGAAGACGAAGUCAGGACUUUGGGCCAAAGGAAUAAGGCCUCUUUAGCGCUUGUCGGCGCUCAGAGGGAAGAGCAAGAACAAGAGGCUGAGAGCAGGCUAAAAAAGGCUCUUGAUGAGGUUCACCGCCAGAUGGACCGACUCAAAUCUGACAUCAAUGCCGAGCGUGCACGCCUCCAAAGAGAUAACAGUCGCUUGCAAGACCUUGUCUCUGAGAUGAGAUUAAAGAGCAAUGCAGAGGUUGAAAGCUUCAAGACAGAAAUGGAAAGGAUGGCUGAAGAGUCAGAGAGAGAGGUUGAACAAGCACGUGAAGAGGUUAAGAGGGUGGAAAAGGAAAGAGAUGAGCUAAAGCGCGGAAUUCAAAUUUCCAAGUCACAGGUGACUCAGCUUGAACGAGAGUUGGCUGACGAAAGACGAGCAUAUGAUUCACUUUCAAGACGCAACGCUCAAAUUGCUUGCGAUAGUACUACAGCUGGUCAACUACAAGCCGAGUUAUCCCAAAAGUCUGAAGCAAUUCGCUUGCUCGAAUCAUCGCUUCGAGACGCAGAAUCAAUAUCGAACCACCUUCGCGAGUCACUUGCUAGACGUGACCAGGAAAUAAGAGAAUCUGAGGCUCAGGUGAACAAAUACCGCCGCGAACGUGAAAUAAUCGCUCAAGAACUGAGGGAGUUCGAAAACGACUUGCAAAAGCAUAAGAUUGAGAGCGAAGACUUUGGUCAGCAAUUGCAAGCUCUGAAAAGGGAGCAGAUCAACAAAUCUUCCAAACAUGCUGCUGAGCUUCUAGCUUUGGAGAGAGAGAUGGAAGAGGCGAAGGAGCGAGAGAGGAGGUUAAGACACGAGGUUCAGGACGUGAAGACAAAGUAUGAAAAAGUUGAAAAGUGGAGGGAAUUGCACGAGUGUGACGCUGGAUUAUCCGACACCUUGGCAGAACAAAAGUCCCGGUUUAAAUCCCAAUCAAGAGAACUUGCUACUCAGAUUAGGUAUCUGAAAGCCAAGUACACCCGCGAAGCGACUUUCCGAAAUGCACUGGCAUUGCAGAAGAGAUAUUUACUGCUGUUAGUCGGUGGAAAAAGUUUGAAUGAACAAGCUACUAUCAAGGCCAUUGCUAAGAUGGGCUUCCCUAUCCCCGAACAGCCAAGACCUGCGAGGACGUUCAAGGCAGUAGCGCUUGCUGUUUUGAGUACUAUUCGAGCUAGGAACGAUGCUGCCCGGUGGCGCACAGAAGUAGAUUUGAAAAUCUCUGCGGCCGCUGCACGAAACGAAAGGCGGAGAGUUUCAGGUAGGAUAUAGGAGGGUUAAAAAGAAAAAAUAGUAGCGGCGUACAGGGUUUAGUAAUUGACUGAAUACUUUGUUGUCAUUAGAACAGACAUCUUGAGCUGUGAAGACUGUAUAUUAUUAAUAAUGUGCAUAU